ACAAUCGACAAUCGAGUUCCAACUUGGUAUCGUUAUUGCGCUGCCGUCAAGGGAAUGGAUUUUCGUGAAAUAAAUAGACUAAACUGGCGCUUGCAUCUGACCAACAACAACAAUCUCGUUCAGUACACUGCGAUCAAUAGGUACAGCGAUCCUGAUGCUGAUGCAUCGGGCGAACGCCACGCAGAGGAGCUCCUACGCAAACAAAUCGAUUGUGCGACGGGGGCAACAGCAAGAAUGGGUACUAAACAAAAACAGCCAGCAACAACUCUGGUGCAGUCCGUAGAAGCAGAGGAUUGUGGGGGUGGGUGUGGUAUCGGAAUUGGAGCAGGCGAAUGCGCCGCGGCUGCAAUAGUUGCAAGCGAAUGCGGCGGUGAUAAGGUUGGAGGCGCGACCUACUGCGAUUUUGAAAUAGACUUGGCUGAUGGAUAUGGACAGGCUGCCGCAGCUCUCUCGCCCACCGAUGCGGUAGGAGCCGGGGUCGGGGGCCUUAGCUCCAGUCGCACCUCUAUUAACAAUUCAACCGAGAAUCUAAGCUAUGCCAGUGACAACUUUUACGGUGACGACCUUAUUUUGCUGGAUGAUGACGACGAUGUCGAGGCGGAGGAGAUAUCACUAAACUCAGACGAUUGCGUUUACGCCUAUCGAGGUGACGGGGCGGAGUUCGACCAAGCCCUGGAGGCCACUGCAAUGGGCCGGGGAAGGCAGCACCAGCUGGAAAUUGGCCUUGGGCCCAGCACCACUGGUGGUGCAGGGUGUGGCCUGAUAUGCGGAGACGACGAGACAGAGUUCCUAGAAAUGGACUUUGAGCCGGACCCAUCGUCGGAGCUGGAGUUUGCCGGCGGAGGAGCUCAGAAUCUGGGAUCAGCCUUGCCGCAGGCCAAUCUACUUUUAAUGCAGCGAGACUACAGCCAAAUGAGUGGCGUCGUAGGGGCGACGCCCACGCACGGCAGGCAGCUCUACAGCUCCCCCAUUGACGAUUUUCCGCUGCAAGAAGAUAUCCUGCAGCAACAAAAGCAACGCCUGAGUAAAAAAUUUGCCCGCAUUAGCUUGAACUUGGAUCAGAUCAAAGACGGAGGGAGAGGCGGUGGAUGCGGGGAGCAUAUCGACGAGACAAUGAGCGGCGGCGAAGAGAAGAAAGUGGACACCAAACCCGGGGGCGAGUCAUCGUCCCAGGCGCACUCUCUGCCAAGCACAUUGUACACGAGUGCUAAUUUCGGAAGGAGUACCAGUGUCCCCAGCCACCAUGCAGAACCUAAGUUGACGGGAGCAAAGCCAAAACGGCUGUCCCAUUCUUCGUCCGUGAUGUCGAAAAGCAGCGCCAGUGCCUCCACGAAGUCGCGCCGCUCUCAAAACUCGGCCAGUUUCGAUGAACGCUGUUACAGCUGCACCGAUUUUCGGGCCUCUUCCAAUCAGCAUCACCAGCAGUCAGCAGCAGCGCAGCCAGGUGCAGAACAAGGUGCAGCCACCAUGCUUAUGGCUGCUGCGGCCAUGGUAGCGCUAGCUUCUUCCCCCUCGUCUAUAGCCCACUUAGACAGUGGUAACGAAGAAAACUGUUUGGACUGUCUUGAAAAGGAGUUUCUGGCAAACACCAUCGGCAAGGCCCUAGAUCCGAGCACGUGUCCGAAGUGCCGGAGGCGAACCGGAGCCCGUGGAAGCUGCAUGUCACUCUACACCCGGGCAGAGCAGACACGAUGUCGCAGCGGUUCGCCUGGAUACUUUGAUGAGGGCGGUAGUCUAUUUGCCGGCUGGCACAGCUCUUCGGGUGUCGGAAAUAGCAACCAAAGGUUUAUUUCGUGUGAUAAUAAUUUCUCCAGCGGCGUUCAGAUGAUUAAGAAAAAAAUUUCGGCCGCGCCUCUAGUUACUCGUAUAUCGACGGAUGGGACGUGCAACGAGGAACACCUAGUGCAGGCACUAGACAAUCUGCACGUGUCAUAUGACCAGGCGCUAUUGCGAGGCUACUUUGAAAACUUGGUCGCGCGGCGUCACGGCGAAGGCAGUGGGAAUCUCAAGCAGUUGUUGUUGCAGAACUCAAAGCGCCAAGGGAAUCAUCGCAAGCUCAAAAAGCUUAUCGAGCUGGUGACCCAGCACCAGCUAAUUGUGCAAUUUAAGCCGGCCAAGGAAUGUCAAACUGAUCUUGUGCCUGUAAAGGUGUCUGAUAUACUGGAGGCCUGGGCAUGCAAGCGCGAUCUUUCUAUGUUGCGGCAACUAGAUGCGCGCUUUCAUCGCGCAAAUGUGAUAGGAAAAGUCGGUCACAUAGUGCGGCAGGCUACAGCGGCGACCUCCUCGACGGCUCUUGGUGCAUCUUCCUCCUCAACAUUCAAACGCGUCUUGCCCGAGUUUCUCAUGAUCCCACAGUAUUACGAGAGUGGGGAGCUGACGCUUACCCGCAAAUGUUAGGAUAAGCUCGUCGCAUACUCACUUCCAGUACACAGAUUCGCAGUCACAACAUUAAAUUGUUCAUUUACCUACAUAUGUACUAUGCUAGAUUGUUUUUUGUUAAGUUACUUAAUGAACGCAACAUUUCGGAGAAUAUUUACUCUGUACCCGCAGGGCUCAAGACUGGGUCGAAGCAGCUCCGAAACUAUACAAUUACUGUUAAAUGAACAAUAUAUUUUAGCAUGUGUACGUUCAUGGAGUAACCGGCAUUGCAAUAUUUAUAUACUCUCUUUAUCCAUGUAUGUAUAUGUCAAGAAACAAAUACCCCGUCUCGUAUAUGCAUAGCCUAGCUUGUAUACAAGAAAUCUAGAUCUGAAUAAAUGAUAAGUGUCUAAAAUUA